AUGGCUCACCAGUUAUUAUUAUCUGCUAAUAAACUAGAAAAAUUGAUAUUUAAGUCUUUAAAUAACAAUCAAAAUCGAUUUAAAAUAUGUCGCUCAAUUUUAUAUUUAAAAAAUAAUAUAAAAUUGUCUUCUUGUGGAGAGACACUUGAACAAAAUUGGUUGUUAUUGACUGGGAAGCCUCCUAAAGGGUUUGAAAAAUUUUUUAAACCAAAUGGAAAAACAUCGGCAAAACCAAAUGAAUCAGCUGGUACAAAAUCUGAAACUUCACAAAGUCAACAACAAAGUUCAUCGAGCACAUCACCACCACCACCACCUCCACCACCGUCACGGCCUUUAUCUAGUGAAAAACCAGUAAACCAGUUUUUAUCAGGAAUAUUCAAACCUACUGCAAGGGGUAGUGGAAGUGGAGGCGGUGGUGGAAAACCAUUUAAUAAUGACAGAGACAAAUGGCUAAUUGCCGGAAUAAUUGGUGCCAUUGGUAUAAUUGGUUCUAUGGUAUAUUUCGAAGUCGGUGCCAAAGAAAUAACUUGGCGAGAAUUUGUAUACAGUUACUUAAACAAAGGCGUGGUGGAAAAAUUAGAAGUUGUUAAUAAAAAAUGGGUUAGAGUGAGACUACUACCUGGUCAUACAGUCGAAGGAUCAAAUACAUUAUGGUUCAACAUCGGUAGCACUGAUACCUUCGAGAGAAAUUUAGAAAAUGCCCAAUUGGAAUUAAAUAUUGAACCUCAGAAUCAUCUUCCUGUUGUGUAUAAAUCAGAAAUUGAGACGUCGACAAUAGGUUCCUACUUACCUACACUUCUUAUUUUAGCGGUUUUGAUACAAGCCAUGCGUCGAUCAGCUGCAUUUAUGGGCGGAAAAGGAGGAAAACGUGGUGGAAUAUUUGGUAGCGUAACAGAGUCCACGGCAAAAUUAAUAAAUCCAAAUGAAAUCGGCGUACAAUUCAAGGAUGUAGCUGGUUGUGAAGAGGCAAAGAUCGAAAUUAUGGAGUUUGUAAAUUUUCUUAAAAAUACACAGCAAUAUCUUGAUCUAGGAGCAAAGAUCCCUAAAGGUGCAAUACUUACAGGACCUCCUGGAACCGGUAAAACAUUGUUAGCGAAAGCAACAGCAGGUGAAGCCAAUGUUCCAUUCAUUACAACAUCUGGAUCCGAAUUUUUGGAGAUGUUCGUUGGUGUUGGUCCAUCUAGAGUGAGAGAUAUGUUUGCAAUGGCACGUAAACAUGCACCAUGCAUACUAUUUAUUGAUGAAAUUGACGCAGUUGGUAGAAAAAGAGGUGGACGAAAUAUUGGAGGCCAUUCCGAACAAGAAAACACUCUAAAUCAACUUCUAGUCGAAAUGGAUGGUUUCAAUACAACAACAAAUGUGGUAGUGUUAGCAGCAACCAAUAGAGUUGACAUUUUAGACAAUGCUCUUUUACGUCCUGGUCGAUUCGAUCGACAAAUAUUUGUUCCGGCUCCAGAUAUUAAAGGUCGUGCAUCGAUUUUUAAAAUUCACUUAAAGCCUUUAAAGUCGAAUUUAGAUAAAGAAGCUCUAGCAAGAAAAAUGGCAUCAUUGACUCCUGGAUUCACUGGAGCGGAUAUAGCUAAUGUUUGCAAUGAAGCUGCUCUAAUAGCUGCAAGAAACUUGUCGAAUAAUAUUGAUAUGAAAAAUUUUGAAGCCGCCAUAGAUCGAGUAGUCGCAGGUAUGGAAAAAAAGACAAAUGUAUUACAACCGGAAGAAAAAAAAACAGUAGCAUAUCACGAAGCUGGCCAUGCUGUCUCUGGUUGGUACUUACAGCAUGCAGACCCAAUAUUGAAGGUAUCCAUUAUUCCUCGUGGAAAAGGCCUUGGUUAUGCCCAAUAUUUGCCACGUGAACAAUAUCUUUACUCAACGGAACAAUUGUUUGACCGAAUGUGCAUGACGCUUGGUGGUCGUGUAUCUGAAGAAAUAUUUUUUAAUAAAAUAACAACAGGUGCUCAAGAUGAUCUACAGAAAAUUACAAAGAUUGCUUAUUCUCAAAUAACAUCGUAUGGAAUGAAUGAUAAAGUGGGUAAUGUUAGUUUUGAACAACCACAACAAGGUGAUAUAGUAGUAGAUAAACCUUACUCGGAACAAACUGCGCAAUUAAUCGAUCAAGAAGUUGCAGAACGACUCUUAGCAAAAGAAAUUUUAAGCAGAGAUGAUAUGAUAGAAUUACUGGGUCCAAGGCCAUUUCCUGAAAAAUCAUCGUAUGAACAGUUUGUUGAAGGCACUGGCUCAUUUGAAGAAGAUACUACACUUCCUGAAGGUCUUAAAGAUUGGAAUGUUGAAAAAAAGAGUACAAAACCAAAUGAAGACGAUAAUAAGAAUAAACCAUCAGCUUCAGAAAGUUCAAAGUCGUGUUCUAUUUAA